AUGCCGUCCCGAUCAGAUAUCCACUACUUCGGCGCCGGUCCCGCUCCGCUGCCCACAGCCGUCCUCGAACGCGCCUCACAAGCCCUCCUAAAUUACAACGACAAAGGCAUUGGCCUCUGCGAGAUAUCCCAUCGGUCGCCAGAAGCCAACCAGAUCCUCACAGACGCCAAAGUCAGCUUGACGAACCUCCUAGACAUCCCAGAUGACUACGAGAUCCUCUUCCUCCAGGCCGGCGGCAGCGGCGAGUUCAGUGCUGUGGUAUACCACAUGGUAUCGGUGUGGGUAGAGAAGCGGAGAAAGAGAGCGGAGCAGGAGACCAAGAGCGAGGGCGGGAGCGAGCAAGACCUGGAGGCAAAGGUGCUUGAGCGGCUACGGAAGGAGGUUAAAGAGGAGCUCAGACUGGACUACUUAGUUUCCGGCUCGUGGUCGCUCAAAGCGUCCCAGGAGGCGGCGAGAUUGAUUGGUCCUGAGCAUAUAAACGUGGCAUUCGAUGCACGAAAGGCGAAUGAGGGCAAAUUCGGCCGUAUACCGCCUGAGUCCGAGUGGAAGCUUACGCCGCGGAAGCCAGGAGCAGCGCUGACAUACUUCUGCGACAACGAAACGGUUGAUGGGGUUGAGUUCCCGUCGUUUCCACAGUGCCUCGAAGCCGAUAGUGAGGAAGACGCGCCGCUCGUCAUUGCGGACAUGUCUUCGAAUUUUAUUAGCCGGAAGGUGGAUGUCAAGAAGUACGCCGCGAUCUUUGGAGGAGCGCAGAAGAACGUUGGAAACGCCGGGGUUACCAUCGUUAUUGUACGAAAGUCAUUGCUACCGCCAACCUCUCCGUUAGCUGCAUCGCCGCUGCUACGAAGCCUGAAUCUCCCUGUUGGUCCUAUUGUGCUGGACUGGCCGACCAUCGCCAAGAACAACUCGCUAUACAACACGCUGCCGAUCUUCGACGUGUGGAUAGCGGGCCAGGUCAUGUCCGGAUUGAUGGAGACGUACGGCGACAAGCGGAUCAGCGGCCAGCAGGAGGUCUCAGACCAGAAGGCGAAGUUGCUGUACGGAGCCCUUGAUAAAGACUCCCAAGUGUACCACGUUGUACCAGACAAGAGCGUUCGCAGUAGAAUGAACAUUUGCUUCAGAGUUCACGGCGGUGACUCUGAGAAGGAGAAGGAGUUCCUAGCCGGUGCGGAGAAAAGAGGUCUUACCGGUCUGAAAGGCCAUCGUAGCGUUGGCGGCAUGAGGGCCAGCAACUACAACGCCGUCUCCCUCGAGGGCGUGGAAAAGCUUGUCCGGUACCUUGAGGACUACGCACAAGGAUCUUAA